UUACCUUCCAAAAAAACACUCUUCUUCUUUUGCUCUUCAAAUUCCCAUCCAUCUCUCUCUCUCUCUCUCUCUCUCUCCUUUGUCGCAAUGAACUUUCUUCUCUUACUUCUCUUCCUCUUGUUCUGCUCUGCAAUGUCCACUCCAACCUACAAUGUUGUUCAGUUAGGUGCCAAAAAUGACGGCAAAACCGACUCGACGAAAGCAUUUCAGACUGCCUGGACCAAUGCUUGCAGUUCUCACCGGUCGGCCAUUAUAUACGUCCCACAGGGAAGGUAUUUGCUCAAAAACGUCUACUUUAACGGUAAGUGCAAUAACACCCAUAUCACCAUAAACAUCGACGGCACCCUCGUCGCUCCAUCCAACUACAAUGAGAUCGGCAACACUGGAACAUGGAUCAUGUUCAAGUCCGUUACUGGUGUUACCAUCCGCGGCGGAACCCUUGAUGGGCAAGGCUCUUCUCUCUGGGCUUGCAAGUCCGCCGGCAAGGAGUGCCCCUCCGGAGCUUCGAGUCUAGGCUUCAGCAACUCGGAAAACAUUGUAAUCAGUGGAUUAAAGUCAUUAAAUAGCCAAUUGUUUCACAUUUUCGUCAACGGCUGCAAGAAUGUCAAUUUCCGAGGGGUGACCAUAUCGGCGGCAGGCGACAGCCCAAACACGGAUGGUAUUCACGUACAGUUAUCGAGCAGUGUCACGAUCUUAGGAGCUAACAUCAAGACCGGGGAUGAUUGCAUCUCUAUUGGGCCGGGCGCUGCAAACCUUUGGAUCCAACACAUUUCAUGUGGUCCCGGACAUGGUAUCAGCAUUGGAAGUCUGGGUAAGGAUAAUCAAGAGCAAGGCGUGCAGAACGUGACUGUUAAAGCCGUUACUUUUAAUGGGACUCAAAACGGUUUCAGAAUCAAAACGUGGGGAAGAGCCAGUAACGGUUUCGUAAAAGGAGUCCUUUUCGAAGGCGGCACCAUGAAGAAUGCCAAUAAUCCAAUCGUUAUUGACCAAAAUUACUGCCCAAGCAAGGAAGAUUGCCCUGGAAAGGUUUCAGGUGUUAAAAUCAGUCAUGUGACAUAUAGUAAUAUCCAUGGUUCUUCUGCUUCGGAAGUUGCAGUGAAGUUCGACUGCAGCUCUGAGAAUCCAUGUAGUGAUAUCAGAUUGGAAGAUGUUGAGCUUACUUAUGGUAAUCAGACGGCUCAAUCGUCUUGUACAAAUGCUGGUGGAACAUCUUAUGGUGUGGUAAAUCCUUCAAGCUGUUUGUAGUGUGAGAAGUGAAAAAAAAAAAAAAAAAAAUCACUUCCAAUACCAUAAAUACAAAAGAUUUUCUUUUUCCUAUUUUUGGAAUUGCAUCUAUAUGUAUUGAAGUGCAAGUGCCAUAGUUUAGGCAACAAUAGAAAUGAUCUGGUUUGCAGUUCAGAUCUUGGCGAGCGUAA